AUGAAGAAAUUACUUGUAUACUUUUUGGUUGCGUCUCUUCUGACUUCUUUAGUUGUGGCGGUUCCGCAAGUAAAAUCAUCCAGUAACAGCAUUAAGGUCACAGAACCCACUACGAAUCAAAAGGUCGGUGGCACAGUGGACGUAAAAUGGGAUACUACCGUCAUUCCCAAAGGUCUCAAAACCACCGACAACAUUAGUACCCGUAUCAGAUGUAACGUGAAUAAUAGGACGAGGCAGUUUCCAGCAAAAGCUAUAAUACCAGUGCCCUUUACGGUUGGAAAAAGGGAGGUUGGUAUCUCUGAUGACUCUGAUCUCAUUGGAGUUUCAUGCCAAGCAUUUGUUACCGAUGAUGACAACUUAGACAUUCAAGGAGUUUCGAAAAAGUUCAAACUAGUUAAAUAA